AUGGACGUCUUUUUAACUCGACUCACGCAGCAGGCGAUGAACUAUGCGAUUCGCUCUGGGAUAGCUAUAACAGCUACCUACGCGAUGCGCCAAUCGUCGCGACUGCUCAAGAAUGUAGAUGGCGAAGAUCGUGCAGAACUGCUUUCACUGCAGCAGAGACUGGAAAGCAAAAUACAAGUUAUCUCUCCGUCAAUUGACAUGAUUGAACUGAUUGCCGCUCGAGGAAACACUUCCCUUGAGUCUGCUGUAGCGCUGACGAAAUCUCUGAGAUGGGACAUCCAGGCACUUGGACAGCGACUGGCAAAGGCCGCUUCAUCUGAAGAGUCUUCGCGGAAGAGCUCGCGAUCCCCAAACAGUCGGGUCAACAUCGAUGCCGAAAUCAAGUUCAUCAUUAAAGACAUCAAGAAUCUUUUGACUCGGAUUGAAGAUGCGGUACCUCUUAUGAACCUGGCUAUCACCACCUCAGGCGCUAAAUUAUCGACCAAUCUUCCCUCAACGGUGUCGCCGUCUCGCCUUCUCCAGGCCAGCACAUUCCUGACCGCUGGAGAUACACAAUAUUCCUUGUCUCAGUCCCAAGCAGUUCAAACUGGACCCACGUUUACGCUUUCAAUGUACAUGCUUUUUUCCAGUCAUGUACGCCCACAUGAUGAAGAAUCAGUUCGUGCAGCAACCUGGAAAGAAGUUAUGCAUAAGGCCCGCUUGAAACUGCGGCGCGUGCCAAUGAGCUUGUAUUAUUCGGAUAAUCGAACGAAAGCACCGCAACUUCCAGGGCCUGCAGUGGCCGAUGAAUACGCUUAUCAAGUGAUGAUUAUUGAGGAUUUGGAUGAUGGCCGAGUCCAUACAUUUGAAGAUGAUGAACCUCAACCGCACAGUUAUGAAGGCGUUGCUAGCGCUGGUAUCCGAGAGAUUCUUCCCAUCCAUCAAAUUUCCAAGAUUUUCUACGCAGAUACAGGUCGAAUUCUCAACAUCAAUACCGAAGGAGAGACAAACAAUCCAGUCCUUUUGUUGAAAAGAGACCUGAAUGCUCUACCCCCACGCCGGAUGAUGGAAAAUGAAGAUGUUGACGACGAAUACGCCUCCGACAGAUCCGAGGAUUCGGUAGAUGAAGCUCAAGCACAGCUUGACUCCCAAUUAUACGGAACAGGCGGCUCCACCCAUCAGAGUUUUGACUCCCUCCACGAAGACUCCAUUCCUGAAGAGUGGCGUCUACCUUCCGGCCUUGAUCCGGAAUGGAUCGCUUUCGAAGUCUACAAUGAAGACGAAGGUUCGGAUACAGAGUCCGAAACAGAUAACACUCCUCAUACCCCGACAGCUCAGCCUUCAAUCGACCCAAGCAUGUUGGCAAAGUUAUCCAUCAGUGACGUGAAAUCCUCUUCGCCAUCUCCUUCUCCAACCCGGUACAAUACUCGUACUCAACCUACAAUGACAGUCUCGAAUCCCCACUUUGAGAACAUUCGCACAUCCCUUUCUCUCCUCGAGACUCUCCUCCGCCUAACCUCCCUUCAACAAUUCCAGCAACAAUCACAUCUUUCCAUCAGCGAUGAACUCCUCAACUUCUUUCUUGAAGAAUCAUCAACCACUGGUGCCGGUGGCGACGAGCAGCACCGCCAGCGUCUUCGCUAUGAAGCUCGUCGCCGUGUUGGCUGGGACCCCUACGACGAGAGCCCUGUUAAGCACCGUGGUGAAGAUUACCAAUAUGGUAGUCCCUCUGCGUAUCACCGCGAAGGAGACGAGAUUUACUCCCCUGGUGGAACUUCACAGAGCUUCCAGCUUCGUUCUAGAGAGAAUACGCCGGAGACGCCUUCGCAGCGGCGAGGUUCACCUUCUACUCGCUAUGAUAGAACACGGCCUAGUGGGCUGCGAGGAAUGACGCCAGCAUAUACAAGUGAGGGUGACUCUGCACAGAACUCCCCGCUGGCUAGGAAGACUAGUGGGGUGUCUGAACAUGAGAGAGAUAGGGCGGCAGAGUAG